UGGAUCCGGAGCUGUAUGAAGCUGCAGCAUCAGGUAACUUAAAUUUCCUCAAGAGAAUGGAUCCAAACCUCCAUGUCUUCCAAGUAACAAAACAGCAGCAGAAUACUGUUCUUCACAUUGCAGUCAAGUUUAAACAAGUUGAAUCUUGUCAGCAAAUUCUUAACUCCAGUUCCUCCCUUCUCCUAAAGUGCAAUUCCAAGGGCGAGUCUCCUUUACAUGUUGCAGCCAAGAUAGGGUGUUUAGAAAUUGCUGAACUUCUGGUAGAUUGCGCCAAACAGCUACAAAGGGAUGUCGAGAGCUCGGGCGUCAGUGCUCUGAGGAAGCAGUUGAGGAUGGUGAAUCUGGAAGAAGAUACAGUUCUGCAUGUUGCAGUCAGAAAUGGUCACUUUGCAGUUGCAAAGUGCCUAAUGGAAGCUGAUCAAGGAUUGCUGGGUUUGGUCAACGCCGCGAAUGCUUCACCACUUUGCCUGGCUAUUGGGGGUGGAUUCUCCAGGAUUGCAAGUUUAAUCCUGGGAACAUUUCCAAAAUCUCUCAAUGGAGAUAUCAACAUGAAGACUGCGUUGCGUUCGGCAGUUUUUCAUUCUCAGCAUGAUAUUGUGAAAAUACUAUUGGAGAAUGUACCAAACUCAAGGAACGAAACUGACCAAAUUGGGUGGAGUCCUCUGCAUUAUGCAGCUUUAUUUGGUGACCUUAAGUCAACUCAACUUCUUUUACAGGGUAAUAGCUCCACUGCUUAUAUUGUGGACCAAGAUGGGACAUCUGCACUCCAUGUUGCAGCAUUUAGAGGCCACACCAACGUAGUUGAACUAAUAGUUCAAUGCUGUCCUGAUGUUCAUGAGGUUACCGAUAAGAAGGGCCGGACUGUACUUCAUGUUGCAGUCAUAAGUGGACAGGAAAAAAUGGUCAGACGCAUUCUAGAGAUGCCAAGGCUUCAAGGCAUUAUAAAUGAAAAGGAUAACGAAGGAAACACGGCUCUGCAUCUGGCUGUCAUUUACAAGAGAGAUAAUAUCAUUACAAUUCUUGCGCGGAACAGAGGAAUGGAGAGGGCUGCGGUGAAUAACAAUCUCUUAACUGCUUAUGACAUUUUCUCUCUUCAACCAAGAAAGCUUUCUUUAUUAACUGCAAAGACACAUUACUGGCUGCGGGGAACCCAUGGACUACCAGCCUUGCAAAAAUGGGUUAACACAAAUCUGAAGAGAGAGAUGAUUGGAGAAACGGAGGAGAAGGACACAAACAUCUUGUUUGCCAGGGGGAAACAUGACGACACGAGUAUCUCAAACACUACAAAUGAGGCUUCUGAUGAAACAGUGAAGAGAAGUAGACUUGAAAUCCAUCUCUUGAUAGCAAUGCUCAUUGCCACUGUCACAUUUCAGGCAGCCUUCAUGGUGCCUGGCGGUUACAAUGAAGAUGGUCCUGACAAAGGCACGGCGCAAUCCAUUCAAAAAGCGCCUUUCAAAGCAUUUUUAAUAUUCAACACCAUUGCAUUUAUUUUCUCAAUUGCCACAGUUUACAUUCAAUUCGCUACUUCUAAAUUCAGCUACUACCUGCGUUCAAGAUACGCAAGUCUAGCAGAGGUGAUGAUUUUCAUAGCUGUUCUCGGGAUGCUACUGGCAUUUGCGUCUGGCAUGUAUGUGGAGCUUGCCAACUCCAAUGGCCUGCGCCUGAUGGGUUAUAUAGUGGUGGGCUGCUUCUUGUUAGUUUACUAUGCCUGCUGGUUUCUUGAUCCAAUAAGCAUGCAAAUUCCAGGACUUCAGCAGCCUAGGAAAUACCUCAGGGACUUGCUAUUUCGUUAUGGGAUUAUCUAAAUUAACAUGGUUUCUAGAUGGUAGCUGAUCAUUCCAUUGUUUGAUUGAGGAUCAGCAAAUUCAAUCCUCCAUUUUUUAUUUUGGUGCAAGAGUUGAUGAUAACUAUAUGAACCUGCCACCACCCUAAAUAUAAAUUGAGUUCAAAACCUGUAUUAGAUGAUAACUAGUAGGAUUCCUCGUUGCAGAAUUAAAGAACUGCUCCACACUUGAUAGAUGCCUAUGG